AUGUUGAAGAGCAACAACACAACCGAGGAGCAGCUUGCUUCCAGAGACGAAAGCACUUCUGACCCCUGGUCCGAAGUAACGCAAACAACCCUCAAAGACGAGACGGAUGUCAACAACUUUCUGCUCAAGCGCCUGCAGCGUUGGAAGGACAUGCUCGCCGCAAAGAAGCACUCCUUACUCAACAACGAAGAUGAGCAGAGCCUGCCCGGCGAUAUUCUCGACUUCAACGCCAGCAUGCUGAGCCGCGAGGAUUAUGAUAACCUUCUCGCCUCAGGCACGAACAAGAAGCAAUAUAUCAAACCCAGCUCCAAGUCCACACUCGAAGAAGUCUCCUCUUCAGAGCAAUCCACAGCAAUAAACGCCCUCCUGUACGGCCUCACCGUUCUCAAAGCCGCUACACCAAUUCAACAGCACGAGAUGGUGACCUCCCUCUUACACCCCAAAGUCCGCAAGAUGCAACCUAGUCUGGCUUUCGAAGUAAAUGCUUUGCUGCUUGAGUUGGACACGGAGAAACUGUUGACGAUGAGUGCGGACGAGGACACUCUUCACAUCUGA